AUGAAGGCCACUUUUUUCGUCACUAUUGCUGCUAUGUUCGUUGCCGCUGUCUCUGCUGCCGGUGCCGGUGGAGGUGGAGGAAAGCGUAUUGAUGUUGACCAAGGCCUUGGCGGUGUUGGCAGUGAAGGUCGCGUCAGUGGUCUCUUAAACAAUGUCCUCAAAGGUGGUCUUUUGGCUGACGCCAGUGAGGGUUACGGUGUUUCCCAGGAUGCCUUUUAA